GGAGAACCUCUAUUCCGUUGAUCUUGAUGGAGACAUUUACUUCUACGCGCAAGACGCGGAUGGGUUCCCCACUGGUAUCAUUGACACAGACAUCGCAGGUACCCGCUUUCAACCUACAAUGGUCAUCCGCAACACCUUCAAUGCAGCAGCAUGGGAGAACGUUGAAAGGCCAGAGCACUAUAGAGGGCAUUUUUCACAGCCACUGACACGAUCCCAUGUUACUGGCUGCUCAUCCUCGAGCGAGGAGUGCGGGGAGUGCGACGAUAACAACAUGUAUGACGAAAACAAUCGUGAAGAUGUUUACUUCAGGUGGACCAUUCAGAAGCAUAAUAUCUGGUUUCAGAACAUCGAUAUACGGCUUGCUGAACAUACAGGGUACGGACUCUAUGCUAGAAAUCCUCUUCCUCAAGACAUCUUCAUUGGGGAGUACGCAGUUCGGCAUUGGCAUUGGCCAACGGACAGUCGAUGACGCUCUCCAGCCGAUGGCUUGGGUGGACGCAACUAGGAAAGGCUCCAUUUUCCGUUUCAUGGCGCACUCAUGCGAGCCAAAUGCUCAGGUACGUGCCACACGAGUCGGCAUGCACAAUCGCAUUCUCGCGGUCUACACGACCCGGCCCAUUGCGGCUAACGAGCCGAUAACCAUAGACUACGGAACGGACUGGUUCACGGGUGAGAACUGGUGCUUCUGUGGCACGGCAUCGUGUAAGAAUAGACCUCCGCUAGAGGACAGCGAGAACGAAGACAGCGAGCUGAGUGAUUAUCUUGAAAUCGAUACCACUGAUGACGACAGCGAGUUGAGCGAUUAUCCGGAAAGCGACAUGAGCAUGUCUGAAGACGACAAUGAGAGUGAGGACGAGGAGUAAAAGGUUCAAGGUAAAUAUAGAUU